AUGAACUACGCUUCCAACGGAACGAAGGUGAAUGGCACCUAUGGAGAGGACUUGGCGCUUCUCGCCGUCAAUCAGACCGCCAGUCUGAACAUCACCACCAUUGUGGGGCCGGUGUAUGUGUACGGAGGGCUUCACAACAGCAGCGGGGCGCUCAGAGAUCUCUACUUCACCCGUAACAGUACCGACGUCCCAAACCGCGCAUCAUCCUCGAGCGGACUCAUAGGCUUGGCCGAAGGUCACUGGAAAGAGACCCCGCUCACAGUCCACGCGGGCCUGUCAACCGUCAUCCAGAGGAUAGAAGUGACGACGCGGAUGGCGACGGUUGCUCUGCGGACCCCUUUCACAUAUGCCCCCGGCAACCAUGACGAUUGGCUCCCGACGAGCGCGUAUGCGAGUGACAUCCAUCAUCCGGCCCUAUCACGCCUUGUCGCGCCAGCCGGAGCGGACGGCAUAGUCAUCCCGCGAGGUGCGCAGAUCACGUUCCGCGCUCCCGCGAACAGCUCCUGGAUCAGCUUGAAUGUGACUCGCGGACCCAGUUUUGGCAUCCUGGACAUCCGGCUGAGUCCUUCAAUCCCCGGACCCGCGCGUCUAGACCUCAGCGGAGACCGUUAUCAAGCCGAACGAGUGUGGUUCGCGACUCUGGACCCGUCAAUCGAGUACUCGGCGAGAGUGUUCGCUUCCGGAGGCCCGGUGGCUUUGCACAGCAUCACGUUCUACGACUCGGGGUUCCGCCUCCUCGUCCCCGAGCCCAAAGUGGAGGAGAACAGCGGACCCAAUGUCGGCGCUAUCGUUGGCGGCGUGCUUGGCGGCAGCGUGGCUCUCGCGGCCCUCUGUGCAGUUGUCGGGCUCCUCGGCCGGCAGGCGCAGCGCCGCCGCGUCCAGCGCGAGAUCGAGGAGGAUCGCGGCCCACACUGGCUCGUAGAUGGGCCACUCGUGACACCCUACCCCAUGCCGCUGCCCGAAGCACAACCGCAUGCUCCCGCCGGCGCACUCCAGACCGCCAAAGACCGCUUCAUCGUUGCUGCCCUCACCGUGUGGUCGAAUCUGAGGGAUACAGCUACCAGAAGGGACUCGGCGCCUGUUCCCGUCCCUGUGCCCGUGCAGGAGCAGGCGACGGUGGACAUGGAGGAACACCAGGGGGUGUCGAAGCCGGAGCCGACCGUGAAGCGGCCCAGCUGGCCACGACCUUGGAGAAUCGCAGAUGAGCCAGAGCAAAUUCCGUUGAUGGAGAUGCCGCAGCCGAAUCCCGUUGCACCGACGCCAAUCGACGAGGGAUGGCAGGACGUUCCUUGGCGGCGUGACAGCAAUCCAUCCCACAUCUGCCCCACGCACACCGACUCCGAAGCGUUGGGGCUCACCGACGCCGCCGUCUCCGUCAAGUGGGGUAUCCCUUGA